CACUACCCAGGCCUCGAGCUCUCCCUCAGAAAAAAACCUAGGUUUGGACCGAUGCCGCCGCCGGCGAAAUGCGCCACCACCGUGCUCGAUCUCGACGACGACCUCCUCCGCGAGGUGUUCCUCCACCUCCCCGGCCUCCCGAGCCUCGUCCGCGCCGCCCUCUCCUGCACCACCUUCCUCCGCGCGGUCCGGUCGUCUCCCGCCUUCCGCCGCAGCUUCCGGGCCCUCCACCCGUCUCCCUUCGCCGGCCUCUUCGUCCAGCGCCUCGGCUUCAAGCCCGAGCCCUCCUCUUUCCACGCCCACCACAGCCGCCCUGACCCGGACUUCGAGGCCGCUGUCCGCGGCGCCGAUUUCUCCCUCACCGGCCUCCCAAUCCCAGACGCCGCUGCCGACGAAGACGGCGAUGAGGAGGAGGAGGAGGAUGACGAAGAUGAGAACAGCGAGGAGGAGGAGGAGGAAGACGCCUCGCCCGUGUGGGAGAUUGAGCGAUGCUGCGACCGCUACGUGCUCCUCUUCAACCGGAGAGCCAAGCAGAUAGCCGCCUACAACCCUCUCACCCGGGCGCUGCAUCUCUACCCACCGCCGCCCCGCCUCUUCACCGACGCCACCAACUUCGAGUUCCACAUUAUCUCCUCCCAAGAGGACCCCCGCGUGCCACCCGCGUGCUGUGUUUCGCUUUCGACUUCUUUCAGGCCAAGGCGGUCGUCCGCGUCAUCUCGCCGGACACCAGCAUCAAGGCCAAGCGCCGGAGGUUCCCUGGCACUGGGUCCAGAGUCACCAGCAAGAUGGUCAAUGGGACGUCUAUUGGACGCACGUGUGGAAACCCUACAUCACCGUGCUCGACACCGCGACGCUCAAUUUCAGUAAAAUGGAUCUGCCGCCGCUCUUGGCCGAUCAAGAAGGCCGCGAGUGUGCUUUUGUGUUUGGCAAUACCAAGGAUGGGAGGCCCUGUAUCGUUUCCCCGGAUUUGUGGGGUGAUUGCUCGCUUGAUGUCUUUUUCUGGAGACGCGAGGAUGAGUAUUAUGACGAUGGGCGCAAUUACUGGAUGCUGGACCAGACAUUUCCGUUGAAGACGAUUCGCCAGUUCGUUAAGUUCUCAGAAGGAGAUGAUGAAUUUAUCAUUGUGCGUCUUAUGGAUGUCAUCGAUGGAAUCGUGUACCUGCGUACUGAGUAUGAUGGGGCCUCAGUUGUUGCUAUCCUUUUGUCUCGAAACAGCGGAGCUAAAAAUGAUCUGUGAAGAUUAUCACAAGCCUGUCCGUCCCUACAUCAUGGCGUGGCCUCCUUCUUUGGUUCAAAAUGAUACGGGCUCUUGUUCAAAAGGUGAAGCUUUGUCUACCCAAGGAUCUGAAGGAAGUGAUGUGAAGGCUGGGGGUGGCCCAACAGAGUCUGCAUCUGUUGUCAAAGCAUAAUAGGGGACCUGGUGAGAUGCAUGGAUGGUGGUGGUGUCUUUUGCUGCUGCUGAUGCUGAUGCAUGGUGACUCAAGCUCUAAGUUGAUGCUUUGACUAUUGAAAUCCUUAUGUCCGACUUGCUGCGGCUAUGUUGAGAGCCUUAGGUUUAUCUGAAUAUGCCUUUUGCGUGUGCAAUGUUCUGGAAUUUCGGACCUACUUGAACCUUAGUUGUUGAUUGCUUGUCAUUUAAGGUGGUUAGUGGUCAGGUUA